AUGUCCCCCGCCCUCUCCACCCUCUCCACGCCCAGCGUAACCAUUACCCCCCCUCCUCCCCAUCCCACCAGCCUUCACAGCUCGCCGGAAUCCUUCGGCCUUCCAACAACCUACCACAUCUACAACACGGGCUCCUGCGGGGACCACCUAAUCUUCCACACAGUCCCGGACCACUCGCUGUCCACACUCUGUCCCGCCGCCACGAUCGUCAAAAAGCCGCCAGCAACGCAGCGGUCCAUCCGGUGGCCAUGGCCAUGGCGUGGCUCCGAGCCGCCGCCGGCGGAGGAAAAGCGGGACCGGGACCGAGACGUGGUGUGUCUCGACGAUCCCGAGACCGAUCCCCGGACGCCGGCGUACUUCCUCCACACCCCAAAGGUGUGCUGGCAUUGUCCGCCGCAGACCCUAAGGAUCGGCGGCAGACGGGGGAUGGUGGUUUGUCUUGUAGACAACAGCUUUUUCUGGAGGCGCUGGAAGUUGAGUUUUGCUGUGCCCACGGAGGAGGAGGGGCAGAAGGGAAGGAGGAUGUGGCGGUCGAGGAGCGCCGCAUCUUUGCGGGGGAAGAAGGAGGGCAACGAGACGGAACCCUGUCAAAUAUCCCUCAAUGCCCCCGGAGUCAUCGACCCGCGCGGCGUCCUGCCUUCCCGAUAUCCCCUCCGCAGCUUUGGCUAUAUCGGCGAAUCGGGCCGGGAGUAUAUCCGCCAGCAGAACCAGUUAAGAAAGUCUGUCUCUUGCUCAGAUAUCACGCCCGAUGCUCCGGAUGCUCCGGAGACGCUCGAGCUCCCGGCGCCCCUGAUCCCAUCGGUUCCGAGACUGGAGAUGUCGUGGAAUGGGUGGCUGACGAGGGAGUACGGGUUCAAAUAUGGCGAUAUCGAGUUUCGGUGGAAGGGCACGGGAACGAUCAAGGACGAGAGGAAGUACUGGGGGAAGUGGAGUCGGUACAACCAUCUGAAGCUGGUUGCGUACCUUCCCCACAGCGAUGGUGAAGACGAAGGAAAGGAGGGGGACGAAGGCGCCGAAUACACCGGCAAUGCUGCGUCAACGGCAGAAGAACGGCUAGAUACAUUAGAGUCGGGCGAGCGAACAGUGGUACUCGCAAAAUAUGUCAGCCUAAUGGCCGAGAGGAAGGCCGGGAGACUUACGGUAUUCGAGCGGGGCCUUGAAGAGUGUUUUUCGGAUGAGGCGGAGAGAGAGCACUUGCGGCACAUACUCAUCGCCACGGCAACGUGCAUGAUCCGCGGGGAGAAGGAGAAGCGUGAGGUGCUACGUGAAAUCUUGUUGGGUGCGCUUACGGAGGGGGCUGGUGCUGGAGGUGGAGGGUAA